UAAUCUCCGCCUCCUCGUAAACGGAAGUUACACACGUCCUGUUACUGCGUGUGCCUUCUUUUAGUGUGUUGGUGCGCGUGAAGAUGUUCCCGCCGCUGCUGUGGCCGCUGCUGCUGCUGCUCGUGCUCGUGCUCGCGCUCGUCGUCUCCCGUCGCAGAAGACGGGAUGGCGAGCCGCCGCUGAUCAAUGGCUGGAUUCCUCUCAUCGGGAAAGCUUUGGCGUUUAGGAAAAAUGCUCACAAGUUUCUGGAAGCGCAGAAGAAGAAAUCUGGAGACAUUUUCACCGUUCACAUUGCAGGUCGAUACAUGACCUUUGUCAUGGACCCUCUGAUGUACCCCGCCAUCAUCAAACAUGGCAGACAGCUGGACUUCCACCAGUUCGUCAACAAGGUGGCACCGGUGACCUUCGGGUACCCGCCCGUCGUCAGCCAGAAGUUCCCCGGCCUAAGCGAGCAGAUCAAGCGCUCCUUCCAUUUGCUUCACGGAGACCACCUAACAUCGCUGACGGAGAGCAUGAUGGCCAAUCUCAUGAUUGUCCUCCGCCAGGACCACCUGAGCCAGGACGCCGCCUGGAGGACGGCCGGCCUGUACGACUUCUGCAUGUCUGUCAUGUUUGAGGCCACCUUCCUCACCAUGUACGGGCGGCCUCCGCACGGCCUUCGCCACAACCGCAUGGCGGCGCUGAGGGAAGACUUUGUCCGCUUCGACGCUGUCUUCCCGCUGCUCAUGGCUCAGAUACCCAUCUGGCUUCUGGGACGCACCCGGAGCGUCCGCUGCGAGCUGAUCCGCUUUUUCCUGCCGCACAGAACAUCCAGCUGGUCCCGCACCUCGCAGUUCAUCAAACGGCGGUCUGAGCUUUUUGAGCAGCAGAGCUUAUUGCGGGACGUCGACAAAGCGGCGCACCACUUUGCCAUCUUGUGGGCUUCAGUGGGAAAUACAGUUCCGGCUGCCUUCUGGGCCGCGUACUACCUGCUGAGUCAUCCGGUGGCCCUCGAGGCAGUUCAUCGGGAGAUCCACGACGUCCUCAAGCAGAGCGGCAUGGAGUUCGGUGGUGACGCUGAAGUGACGCUCAGUAGAGAGCUACUGGAUAAGCUACUUUAUUUGGAGAGCGCCAUCAAGGAAAGUCUCCGCCUUUCGUCGGCAUCCAUCAACAUUCGAGUGGCUCAGGAGGACAUGUCUUUACGUCUGGACGCCAAGCGCAGCGUGUCGGUCAGGAGGGGCGACAUCAUUGCCUUAUACCCUCAAAGCAUGCACAUGGACGCCGACAUUUACGAGGAGCCAGAGGCGUUUCGCUACGACCGCUUUGUGCAGGACGGCAGGGAGAAGACAGACUUCUUCAAGGACGGACACAAGCUUCACUACUUCCUCAUGCCUUUCGGAUCGGGAUCGUCCAAGUGUCCCGGACGCUUCUUCGCCGUCAAUGAGAUCAAACAGUUCCUUUGUCUCUUGCUGCUCCACUUUGACCUGCAGCUGGAGGCCGGGCAACCCGCUGCCCGCCUUGAUGCCAGCCGGGCCGGCCUCGGUGUCCUGCAGCCCACAAACGAUGUGCGCUUUCACUACAGGCUGCGGAGCAACGUGUAUUAGCAUCGUUUGAUAGCAUUGUUUACACAGCUUGGACCUGAAAGUUCAGCCUAAAAGUGAUAGUUUUGUUCCACGUGUUGACAAAUAAAAAGGUGAAAAAGUAA